GCUUCCUGCCUCAGCCUCCUGCUGCUUUGCUCUCUGGGAGAUCCAGCUCCUUGCUCUGUGUCCCAGUAGAACAUGACCUGGCCCAUGUACACCCCACUGCUGCUGCUGACUGCCUUGAUGGUGGCCGUGGCCGGGAGUGCCUCGACCCAAUCUAGGAACUUGGUGGGUGGCGUCCAUGCCGCAGACCUCAAUGACAAGAGUGUGCAGCGUGCCCUAGACUUCACCAUCAGCGAGUACAACAAGGACAUUAGUAAGGAUGAGUACUACAGCCGCCCUCUGCAGGUGAUGGCUGCCUACCAGCAGAUCGUGGAUGGGGUGAACUACUACUUCAAUGUGAAGUUCGGUCGAACCAUAUGCACCAAGUCCCAGUCCAACUUGGACAACUGUCCCUUCAAUGACCAGCCAAAACUGAAAGAGGAAGAGUUCUGCUCUUUCGAGAUCAACGAAGUUCCCAAGGAGGAUAAAAUUUCCAUUCUGAACUACAAGUGCCGGAAAGUCUAGGGGUCUGUGUAAGGCCUGUCACAUUGAUCACCUCCUACUCCCACCCCCUGUAGUGCUCCCACCCCUGGACUGGUGGCCCCCACCCUGGGGAAGUCUCCCCAGGCACCUGCACCAGGAUACAGACAGAGAAGGCAGCAGGAGGCCUUUGUUGCUCAGCAGGGGGUUCUGCCCUUGCUCCUUCCUUCUUGCUUCUCAUAGCCCCAGUGUGCAGUGCACGCUCUCCCAACUCCUGCAAUUAAACAGUAGCAUCGC